AUGCUGCAUCCGACAAGACGUCAAAAACAAUCAAGAAGAGCCUACAAAAUAAAUAAUAUAAAAGUUAGUAAUGAUGAUAUAUCUGCCCAUGAUGGUUCUGUCCAUAGUGAUUCUAAAGGAUAUGACGAUGAUCUGAAAGAUUACUUUGAAGUUAACAAUGGUUCUUCCCAUUAUAACUCUAUUGAUGAUAAAUUAGUGGAAAAUGAUAAUGCUACAAGCAUUAUAGAAAAACUUUCAGCAAAAGGGACUCUUACUUUACACACCUUUUGGGAUACCAAGAAACCUUCUGAAGAAAUUGAUGAGGAGCUGACUGAAGAGACUAAUGUAGAAGAAUCAGAUGAUGAAAUUGAAGAUUGCAAUUGGCAUAAUAAAAUUCAGUAUUUAACUUUACCUUUAACUUAUAAAUCUAAUUAUUUAAAAAUGAACGCAAGUGAGAUUGUUGCUAAUGCAGCAGGAAAAGGGGAUAUCAUACCAAAGUAUGAAGCUUUCUUUAGGAUAAGGACAUUAUUCUUUAAGUAA